AUGGCCCAGAAAGCUAAGAAGGACCGCGCCAAGUCCAACGCGGCGGCGCUCAACAACCUCCACAUCGGUUCUCUCGUCGUCAACGUCCUCUUCCUCCUCAGCCACUUCCUCUUCCGCUCGCGCUCGCUCUGGCUCUAUGGCCUCCUCUCCGCGCCCGCCCUCAUCUGCGAGUACGUCCUCGAGAUUUCUGGCCGCCCCAAGUACGACCCCUCCACACGCGCGCUGCGAAGCUCCGGCGAGGACCUCUCAUCUGCUGGUCUGACCGAGUACAUGUUCGACGUCAUCUGGGUCACUUGGGCAUCGGCGAUUUUUGUCAUCCUCUUCGGCAACAAGGGAUGGCUUCUUUGGGUCGUUGUCCCGGCGUAUGGCCUGUAUCUGGGAAGCGGGCUGCUUGGCAUGGGCAGGCAGAAGAUGGCUGAACUACAAGGCGCCGGUGCUGGUGUUGGUGAUGCGGCUCCUCAGGGAAAUCGCCGGGCGCGCCGGGCUGCUUAA